AUGAAGCUUUUAUCCCUUUGGACCUUGGCUACCUCGGCCUUGGCUGCUUCCACCGCAAAGAGAUCCAACAAGGCCUCUGACUGGGACUACCAGAACAAAAGAGUUGAGGGUGUCAACUUGGGCGGCUGGUUCGUGUUAGAGCCUUACAUCACGCCGUCCCUCUUCAAAGAAUUCGGCGAUAACCCUCCUGUGGAUGAGUACCACUACACAAAGCAACUCGGCAAGGACGAGGCCCUCAAGAGAUUGAAGAAGCACUGGGACACUUGGUACCAGGAGCUGGACUUCAAAGCCAUGGCCAAGGCCGGCAUCAACACCGUCAGAAUCCCAAUUGGCUACUGGGCUUACGGCUCUUUAGACAAUGACCCUUAUGUGCUGGGUCAGGACAAGUACUUGGAGAGAGCUAUUUGCUGGGCCCGCAAGCACGGCCUCGCUGUCUGGAUCGACUUGCACGGUGCUCCAGGCUCCCAGAACGGUUUUGACAACUCUGGUUUGAGAGACCAGGUCGAGUACCAGACAGACGAGAACCUUUCUCUUACCCUCACCGUCUUGCAGAAGAUCUUUGACAAGUACGGUGUCGCUGAGUACGAGGACGUUGUGAGCGGCAUUCAGUUCUUGAACGAGCCUCUCGGCCCAGCCUCUGACGUGAACCAGCUUAAGAACUUCUACCGUUGGGCCUACGGCAACAUGAGAUCGGUCUCGUACAACAAUGCCAUCAUCCACGACGCGUUCGAGCAGACCGAGGGCUACUGGGACUCGUUCAUGAACAACAAGGACGGCUACUGGAAGGUUGUCUUGGACCACCACCACUACCAGGUGUUCUCUGGUGAUGAGCUCGGCAUGAGCAUUGACGACCACAUCAAGACUGCUUGCAAGUGGGGUACUCAACACAAGAACGAGUACCAAUGGAACGUUGUUGGUGAGUGGUCUGCUGCUCUUACUGACUGUGCGUUCUGGUUGAACGGUGUGGGCCGUGGUGCCCGUUGGUCUGGUGACUUCGACGGCUCGCCAAACUACGGCUCCUGCGCCCCAUACACGAACGCUGAUGAGUGGACUGACGAGCACAAGAAGAAUGUGCGCAAGUACCUCGAGGCUCAGCUCGACGCCUACUCGACCGCCAGCGGCUGGUUCUUCUGGAACUGGAAGUGUGAAGACGCUGUGGACUGGGACAUGUCCGAGUUGAUCAAGAUUGGUGUUUUCCCUCAACCUUUCGACGACAGACAGUACAAGAACCAGUGUGGCUACUAA